AUGGCCGACCAAAUCAAAGUCAUUCUCUGGGCGUGUCCUCGCACCGUCUCAUCCGCUUUCUUGAAGUGUAUGGACAAACUUCCCGAUUCUAAAAUGCUAUUUGAGAUGUACAGCACGGCAAGAUUCUUUGGACCAGAGAGACAAAUUGUAUCAAACAAUAACAUGGAGAUGCCACCAGAGCCUGAAGUAAUCACCGAAAAAACACCAGAAGAACUACAGAAAGAUCCUGGGUCUGGUUUCCAUAGCUCAAUCUGUACUUAUAAAUGGCUAAAACACCACAUGGAGACAGGGUACCCUGAUAAGAAGAUUAUUUUUGCCAAAGAAAUAUCUUUUUGUCCAGAUGGGAAAUUUGAGUAUCUUCCAGAUUCUGGCUACCGUCAUGCUUUCCUCAUCCGUAACCCAGCCAAGGUCUUUCCAUCUUGGAAGAAACUAGUAGUUGAAAUGAUGAAUCUUAUGUCAGUACAGUCAGACAAUAAGACCAAUAUAUCACUAGAUGAAGUGGAAUUUGACCAACAACCUCCAGAAAUACUUCCCCCAGGAGGUAGUUUCAAAGAAACCUAUGAUUUAUAUUCCUAUGUAAAAGAGAAAGGUUUAGACCCAGACCCAGUUAUCUUAGAUGCAGAUGAUCUUGUGAAUGAUCCAGCAACCAUACUUUCUGGUUUCUGUAAGACAUUAGGGAUUCCGUACAGUGAUGAGUUACUUAGCUGGGAUGCUGGAGUUGACGUUGUUAAGGACUGGACAGUCAGUCAGACAUUAAAUAAUAUCAUUAACGAUAGUGACGGUUUUAAGAAUUUCCGAAAUGGCACUUGUUUUAUGAAGCCUCAGGUCCAAAGCCAAGAGUCUAAGCCAGAAGUUACAGCUGACCUACAGCGCUUGAUUGAUAUUGCUUUGCCAUACUACACAAAGAUGUAUGACAACAGAAUCCAGUAAAGUAGAAGGACAAGUGUCCUAAUAUUAAGUCUGAAUAUCCUAUAUUACGGCCUAGUGUCCAAUAUUUUGUUGACUGGGAAUGGUCAAUUGCAGCAGUUCUUCAGAG